UCACGUCUCACCCCUCCCUAACACGCCAGCGGAGUUCGACAUAGCCAGUUCUAGUUGUUUUCAUCCUACAAGUAAAAUUUCCCUCUAUUCUGUCGAUCUUCCGUUGGCCACUCCGGUGAUUCUUUACCUGUCAAAGGAAUCAAAGACGAAGAAUGAGGGAUUGACGGAUCUGUGCUGCUCAAUCCCUCUGCUAACACAGUCAAUCAUAUUCCCCAAGUUGAAGAAUUCAAGUGAUCGGCAUUCCAAUUGGGAGAAGUAGAUAUGGGGAAUUUAUUCGUUAAGAAACCCAAAGUCACCGAUGUUGAUAAAGCGAUUCUCUCUCUCAAGACGCAGAGACGCAAACUCGGCCAAUAUCAACAACAGCUUGAUGCUGUCAUUGAAGCAGAAAAGAAUGCUGCAAGAGAGUUAGUUCGACAAAAGAAAAAGGAUCGGGCCUUGUUAGCUUUGAAGAAGAAAAAGGCACAAGAAGAAUUAUUAAAGCAAGUUGAUGCCUGGUUGAUUAAUGUUGAGCAACAAUUGUCAGAUAUUGAAUUGGCCAGCAAACAGAAAGCUGUUUUUGAAAGUUUGAAGGCUGGCAAUAAUGCGAUCAAAGCUAUACAAAGUGAAAUUAAUAUUGAUGAUGUCCAAAAGCUGAUGGAUGAUACUGCCGAAGCCAAGGCAUAUCAAGAUGAAAUUAAUGCCAUCUUAGGAGAGAAAUUAUCAGAAGAAGAUGAGGAGCAAAUCUUAGCAGAAUUUGAGAGCUUGGAAGCUCAGCUCAUUGUUCAAGAUCUGCCGGAGGUUCCAACAUCCGAAGAAAAUGCUGAAAAGUUGGUUCUUCCCGACGUGCCAUCCAAAAAACCUGUUGCAGCUGAUGCCAUUGAAGAAGAUGCUGAAAUUGUUUCAUCUGAUGCACCCACAAAGAGAAGAGUUAUGGAAGAACCUUUGGCAGCAUAAAUGUGGGUACUCUGAAGGAGGUGGCUCAUUAUGUUCUUCAUGUAACUGGUGAAGUGGUUUGAGCUGAGCAUCUGUUAUUUGAUUUUCUGAAUUCUUACCGAGGGUCAUAAUGGCUCUUUCACCAAUGUGAUGUUUGUACAGACACUUCCUCAUGCACGUAUAUAAAUGUAUUUUCUUUCUACUUAGGGGUGUGUUUUCCGAAGGCUUGUUUUUUCCCCCCUCAUUUCUGUUGGAUUAAGUUUUCAGUUAAAUUAUUAUAAUAUUUGUUGUUA